UCAUGAGGAUCUUCGUGUUCAGUGUCUUUACGCCUGGUGUCUCCUAGCUGUUGAUUUUAAUUUAACUCAUGUGAAUCAAACAAGGACUCCUGGGCAAACUUCCAUUGACUUUCUCAACAUCUGUAACAGGUGGGAGUUUUCAAGGUGUGGGUGUGAGUUAUGGUCGUGCUGGGGAAACACCUGAUAUCUGGCGCGCUACUGUUGACGCUGUUCAUGUGGCACCUGGGCCUGGUUGGUGAGGAGACAGGUGGGCAGCGACAAGUGUUGUUGACUCACCUGGCCUCCCCCUCCCUGCCCUCACCUGGUCAAGAAGAACAUCAGGGGCAGCAACAGCAAGACACCCCAGGUCAUGUGUGGCCAGGGACACCAGGGACACAGGAACUAGUGAGUCAGGGACAAGUGUGGCCAGGGACACCAGGGACACAGGAACUACUGAGUCAGGGACAAGUGUGGCCAGCGACACCAGGGACACAGGAACUACUGAGUCAGGGACAAGUGUGGCCAGGGACACAGGAAAAAAAGUUUCAGGAGACAAUAUUUGUUCCUUUUCAUAAUGUUUGGGAAUUAAAUAAACUUGAACUUGAUGGCCACGAAAACAUCAUCACCCGGACAACCGAAUACAGCGGAUUAACAACACUGGAAGCCUCACCAGAAGUUGUCACGACAAGACAAGUCAUACUGGAAAACCUGUUUCAUAAAGUUAACAAUAUACAGAACUCCCCGACCAGGCAAGUGUCAAGUCCUUCGACACUGUCAGCAGCACCCAUACUAUCAGCAGAGAAGUUCAACGUCCCAUCAAACACCGUCGACAGCCAUCAUCGUCAACGGAGACAAGUUGGAAGAUCUUCUGCUAAUAUUAAGGCUAUCCCUGAGAAGAAUUUGCUUACCCUGUGUGAUCAUCCACCUUAUAAGUUUUCUCCAACGUUUCAUGGUUGUUCUGAUGAUGUACUGCGUGGAGAACAUAAGACAAUGGUCACAUCUACUUUUCUAGAUACAACUCAACAGUGUCACUUUGUUUAUUAUCUAAUUUAUAACAAAUUUAUAGAAUAUUAUGAACUUGGACAUUAUGAAGUUUUUGUUGAUAAAACAUUUAUAAGUAUUUGCUUGCCUCUACAUCAGAAGUUUAAUGACUGUCAUGAAUAUGAGUUUUUAUUUAUAUGCCGAGACGCAAGAAUUAUAUUUAUUAAUCCUCACACCUGUCCAUUACCUGAUGAUUUGGACCCUAUAAAAUUUGCUACUCUAGUAUUGCGGAACUUUUACAAUGGUUACACAGAUUGCUUAGAGAAAAUUUGCAACGGUACAUAUUUUGUUAUUGAAAGAAAGAUGAACAGAAUUCGUUUCCAGAUUCAAAAUUUACAUCGUUAUGGGGAAGGCGGGAGGUGCAUGCAGACCUGGAACCCUUUAAAGAAUUUUAUAAACAAUGAGACAUUGUAUAUAACAACCAACACCCACUGGUCUUCCUGCUACCCUUUGUACACAAUAUCGUGGGCGGGGGAGCCAGAUAAACACGGGCUACAUGGUGGCUGGAGUUACCUGCCGAGGUCGUGCCUGGCAGGUGAGGUGUUGCUGGUGGUGAUGGUGACGUGUGUGGCUGUGAGCGGGGUGGUGGGUAACCUGGUGGUGGUCGCGGUAAUGGUGGGCGGCGGACACCGAGGUGAGGCGUCCAGUUUACUCCGCACCAACCUAGCAGUCGCCGAUCUUCUCACGGCUCUCUUCGUUGUCCUCCCCUCUGUGUAUUAUCACCUCCUUCCUUUCCUCACUCCUCCAGAUUAUAAGCUUUUAUCAGAGGAUACAGUUGAGACUGGGUUUCUAGUGGGUGAUUAUGAAAUUCUAACACAAGGAUUUCCUCUUCUCCAAGCACUUUUCUUUAGCGUAUUUUCCAUCGUGAACUUCUUGACAAUCUUUAUCCUGAGUGUCGAGAGGUUUAUAUUAACCAGUAAUGCUCUUAAGUAUGGGGAAUACAUCUCCGUUCCCAUCAUCAAAGGACUUAUAUUCCUCAUCUGGAUUGUCGCAAUUUUAGACUCAAUGUUUCUAUGCUACGACAACAAGAUCAAUAUGUUCUCUGCAGGAUGGUCGACUUUUCAUAAAUUACCGAUAGGAGUGGCAUUUCUUCGUAAAGGUAUUUCGCUUACCAUCAUCAAUGGAGGGCAAAUUCUACUAUUUUCAGUAGUGUGUUUAUCAACUAUAACAUAUUCAGUGCUGGCGAUCAUUAGCUUCCUCCGGGAGGAAGCUCGAGUGCAGGCGGAGUUCCGGGAGCUCGGCAUUAGAGUCUCAGGAUUCAGGGAAAAGGAGACCCGCCAUAUACUCACAACACAGUUACUCAUAACUCUGUUUUUUCUUCUAUCUGUUCUUCCAUUCAGCAUUGGUAUCGCGAAGACCUUUUUUGAAUCAACCUACAGGCAGACAGAGAGAUACUUAUCAGCAUGGUUCUUUGUGGCCAGUAUAUCGUGGAAUCCCUGGAUUUACAACAUGCGUAGUCGACAGUUCCGGCAGGAUGUUGCCUCAACAAUGAAGGCAGUCACGGCGAGGCUUAAUGCGUGUCUCCGAUGUGUUUGUAUUUCACGACCUCCUGAUAUACUCAGUAGUGACUGUACAGUCCGCUAGAGGCAGGAACUUUAUAUCUCGGAAUGAGUAGCGGCUUUAUUUAUUACUUGGAAUUAUAAUCUUAACACAGAUAUUCGUGUAUUUUCAUAUCUGACGAUUUUAAGUAAUUAUGAUGCCUAGAAAAUCUUGAAAAAUUCACUCGGAAAAUGAAUAUUCAAUCAGAUAUUUCUAAAUAUUCUGUUAUUACUGCGGAUAUUACAUAUACCUGCACAACAUAAAUCAGUCUUCGUCAAGGUUUUAUCGAGAUACAGGUUUCAUAAGACAAACAGUUAUGAAAGGAAACUAAUUUGUCUCUAGCAGUCUUAGAAGUUAUGUAUUAGUGCGAUAUAAAUGUCAAUAUUUUACCCCUCUGUACAUUUUCAGAAUACUCGAUAGUUAAAAGAAAACGAUUCUGACCUGUAUAAAUUACCUUCAUUAAGACGACUAAUCACAAGUCUGAAGGUUACAUCAAAGUGAACCAUUUAAUAACCAAAUUGGUCAUAUGAUAACUCUGUUUAGUGUCCUUCAUUAUCUGUUACCUUCCUUCAGUAAUUGUUUCUCAUGCCUAAAAGUUCUAAAUUACCAUAAAGAAUAAAAUACAGUGUUCUGGAUACAUGUUGCAUUCUCGAUACAGUUGACCUCAAAAUACCUGCAAUUUUUAUUUAUUUUUUAUCCACUAACUUACCACUUGUUGUUUGCACUUCACAGAGCUCUACUAAAUCUACUCCGGCAUACACAGUCAAUUCUAUUUCAAAGUUUUACCCAACUCACAUCCUAAACCUGAAGAUCUAUUCCUUGUAAACAACUCACACGAAUCCUCUUUGGUUUUCUUUCCCAUAAGAAUUUAGAGCAUCACUUCACUCCCCUUCUAAAGUUGAUGAUUUGUUUGCCGCUACAUCGUGUAAAUAAGAUCUCUCACAUUGUAUUUGUAAACAUAUAUAUUUUAGAACUUUUGAAGCUGAAUUUGGUAUCAUUUAGCCAUUUUGUGUGUAGAGUGGCACUAGUUACGAUGUACUGAGCAGCAGACGUGGUGGAGAGUUGUGUGUGCAGGUCUAGAAGUUGUCUGUGUUAUAUUUUGUACUGCAGACAUAUAUCACUUUUGACCAAUACAUUCUCUCGUGUGUUUGUAUACUCAACAUCUAAAACUUAAACCCAAUUAUGUGUAUAAUUCAUAUGCAGGAAAUACACUCAAGCAUAUGCGUACACCAUGAGUAGGAUAUACACUUCAUUAUGUAUACAUUCUACGCCCAGGUCAAAAACUCAUGUUUGCACACGUACUCCGUUUUCAUGGCAUACCAUCAGGUGUGUGUAUACUCCACUCCCAGGACACACACUCAUAUAACGCUAACCUCGAAUUCGCUGCCUAAAUUUCUGUGUAUUUUAUUUCCGAAUACGUUUGAAGUAUGUACACUUUCACAUAUGUGUGUAUAAUGUUGACAAACUACCACACGUGUUUUUAAUAUGUACUGUUACACUAUAGUGUAUAUUGUGUACGUUAAUUUACAGUACAUGCGUUUGUUUGAUGUACACAUGGUCCUCUGUGUGUGUGUGAUGUUUACUAAUUACCAGAUAUGUGUGUAUUGUGUGUCAAC